UUAUUUUAUUUUAUUAAACGAGAAGUGAUUAAAUAAAAAAAUGUCAAAUCGUGUGAUGAAGAAGUUGUACGGCGAUAGCGAUCCCGUCGGCAAUGGCGGCGUCGGUGGCGGACAUGUGUUGGUCAAUAGGACGACUACCGAUGGCGGCGGCGGCCGACAACAGUUAAGCCAAUCGGACAGCGACUCACAUAAUGAUAACAGUGGCGGCAGCGGUGCCGGCGGUGGUGGUGGUGGUGGUGGCCUGUCAUCAGCUAAAGGUCAACAACGAUCAAAAAAGUUGGCCAUCAAUCGCUUUGAACUGUUGAAUAGUUUGGAUCAUAACUCGAUGUCGGAUACGGAAGCCAAAGAAGAUGACGACAAAGAUAACGAUUCCGUACGCAAUUGGUGUCCAAUGUCUGAGAAGAUUAGCGGAGUAACUAUCGGCGGUAGCGGUGGCGGUGGUGGCGGUGGUGGCGGUGGCCGUCAUCUGGAGAAACAAGACUCGACACAGAGUACCGAUAGUUUGAAGAAAAAGCGAAAGAAAAAGAAGAAAAUUCGAUCGCAGAAGUCAUUGGAUGGUUAUUUGGACGCCAAUGGCGGCGCCGCCGGUGGUUACGAUGACGAUGAAGACAUUGACGCUACUGUUGAAGAAGUGAAUCGCAUGUUAGGCAGCAGCGGUCAGUUACAGCAGCCGGCCAACGAUCCGAUGACCAGUAGUGGUAUAGCUGGCGGCCACCACCGAAGUUACCACCACUCGUCGAAAGCCGCGCCCCCGAAGAAAUCGCUUAUCAGUGUUGAGGCCCGACAUUUGAAUCCCGAAAACGAAAUGAAACGUAUAUUCGGUUCGAAAGUGAUUCUAGCGGAACAAAACUCUGCCCGACGUCGUGGCCGCCAUCGGCACACUAUUGGCCGUACAUGGAUUCUGGUCAAUCCGAAAAACUGGGCCAACGUCGGCAAAUGCGGUCUGACUAUGGAGUAUGUGGACAAAGUCAACGCCGACAACGGCAGUGGCGGCGGUUAUCUGCGGUUCAAUAUCGUUCACAGCCGAUCCUAUCAGACGGUACAGUUUGCCUUUAUGGACGCCGUCGACAGCUAUAAUCCCGACAAUUUGGUGGCCAUACUCAACGCCCAUCCCUACCAUAUCGACACAUUGAUCCAGUUUAGCGAUGUCUGUCGUAUGGCCGAAGACAAUCAAAUGGCUGCCGAACUAAUCGAGCGGGCUCUGUAUUGUAUUGAGCAUACGUUUCAUCCGCUGUUCAACAUAACACAGGCCAACUGUCGGCUAGACUAUAGGCGCCCGGAGAACAGGGCCUUUUAUAUAGCACUUUUCAAGCACCUGACGUUUGUUGGCCAGAGAGGCUGCAAUCGGACGGCACUGGAGUUUUGUAAACUAAUUCUCAGUCUCGAUCCGGAAGGCGAUCCUCUGGCCGUACUAUUGAUGAUCGACUUCUAUGCACUACGUUGUGAACAAUACGACUAUUUGUUGACACUGAACGAGGAAUGGGAGUCAACAAAAAAGUUGUCAUUGUUUCCCAAUUUUCGUUACUCGACAUCACUGGCACUCUAUUAUAUGUCACAGAAAACCCCAGAGCUCACGGACCGGGCUGACCAACACAUACAGGAAGCAUUGAUAAUGUUUCCGGCUAUACUACCCGAACUGUUAGAAAAAUGUAGUGUCGAACCCGAUCCGCAAGUUGCCCGAUGCGAUUACUUUCAAUACGGUGCUCAAAAGUCAAUGACCCCAGCAAUUAAACAAUUGAAUACACUAUAUAUUGGCCGUACAUAUCUGUUAUGGAAGGACAGGUCGAUUAUGUCGUGGCUCGAGCGGAAUGUCCGUCAGGUUAUCGAAAGAGUCGCCAAUAACGACCCGUUUGUUAAUCUAUGCUCCGAAAGACGUAAACAAUAUCUAAGUGGCGGAACUCCGAGGAAUGUCUUACGACAUGUCAUACUGUCGGGCAUUAAAGAUGCACAGCUGGCGCUUCCAAAUGAUUUAGCUAAAGACUCGAUCUUCGGCUACGAUCCCUUACCGCCAACCGAUUCAAUUGUAUCGUAUAGUCGACCCAAAAAACCGGCCGGUGCUCAACAAUCGACGACUGCUGGUGCCGGUGCCGGCUCUGCUGCCGAUGACCAGAGUUUGUUAAGCGUUUUUCUACGAUCGUGGUUACCGAACUUUAAUGCCGAAGAACUGGCCGCCGCCGGUGGUGCUGAUGGUGCUGUUGUUGGCGGCGCUGUCGGCGCCGGUGGAGUUGCAUUGAGAAAUCGGGCGAUGGCUCGACAAUUGGAACGACAGUUAGCCGAGGAUGAUGUGAUGGCCGCUGGAGGCGGUGGUGCACAACGACCGGCCGCCGCCGCUGUCGGCGAUACUACCGAUUUGCGGCGCAGUGUUACCUCAUUGUUGGACGCCAUGCGCGACCUACUCAGUAACAUACAUAUGGCCGACGUGCCCAACGAGGGCGACAUAUCCAGUGAGGACCAGGAGGACGAUCCACACGACGAUUAACCGAUAAUAACCGAUAAUAAUAAUAAUAAUAUAUUGCAAUAAAUACUGUGCAUAUGCUAUGAAUUAUUUUAUGUUUUUUUUUUGAUCAUUAUUUCUAAUUUUUUUUUUUUUUUUUUUUGGUUUCAUUUGACAGUAAAUUAAUUGCCAAAUAAUUU